UCAAAUCAAAUGUUCCACCAAGUGACCAAAGCCAACUAUAACCAGAUUUGAAUUCGUGGAAAUGCUUCGAGUAAGAUCGGGCUUUAUCGAGAAAUGGCUGUUUACUUAUUGGAUGGAGCUUAGACGUUCCCCGCGAUAUUCAAAAUUUGACCAAUGAAAACGCAAAAUGCUUUCUCCCGCUUUUGAGACCGUUUAAGGUGGUAGCACUUCCACAUGUUUCUCUUUGAUGAAGAGAUUUUGCGCCACUGAAGAAAGCAUUUUCUUGUGAAUAUGCAUAUUAAACAGGUUAUUAUCCAAGGCUUCAAAAGCUACAAAGAUAUAACAGUGGUUGAGCCGUUUGAUAAGAGGCACAACGUAAUUGUUGGAAGAAAUGGUUCGGGCAAAAGUAAUUUCUUCUAUGCGAUUCAAUUCGUAUUAAGCAACGAAUUUGCUCGGUUGAGGGAUGAACAAAGACUAAGUUUACUCUAUGAUGGGACUAGCGUUACGACAAUUUCAGCCUUCGUUGAGAUCAUUUUUGACAAUUCGGAUCAUAGAAUACCGAUUGAACAAAAAGAAAUUUUCUUGAAGAGACAGCUCAAUAGAAAAACGGAUCAGUAUUAUCUGAAUAAAAAACUUGUCACAAGACCAGAGGUUGUCAAGUUGUUUGAAUCUGCAGGGUUCUCAAAUAGCAAUCCAUAUUACAUUGUUAAACAGGGAAAGAUCGAUGAAAUGGCUGCUGCACCAGAUUCCUAUCGCCUAAAAGUAUUACGCGAAGUAGCUGGCACUAGGGUAUACGACGAAAGACGCGAAGAAUCUAUCGCUACCCUGAAAGAUACGAUGAUAAAAUCUCAGGAAGCUGAUAAACUUCUGAAGAAUAUCGAAGAAAAGCUCCAUUCUCUGGAAGAACAGACCGAAGAGCUGAAGCAGUAUCAGCAACUUGACAAGAUUCGUAGGACACUGGAGUUUGUCAUACAUGAGGUCGAAUUGACUGCGAAUAAGGAAAACCUUGCUAACGUGGAAAAGCAAAGAGAAGCUUUGGCAGAUGUACAAUCGGACCUAACAAAAAGCUUGACGGAAAUUCAAGAAGACAUCGAAAAGAAUGAAACAAUCGUCAAAGUUGCAAGAAAUGCAUUGGACGCUUUAAAAGAGGAAAGCGAGAUCUUGACGAACGACCAACAGAGAUUGACCAAGGAAAAAAUUAAGUUGGAAUUGACCAUCAAAGACUUGUCAACAGAAGCAGAGCGUGAUGAUAAGUUGAAGCAAGAAGCUGACUCGAGGUUGGCAACGUUAACACAAAGCAUUGCAGAAAAAGAAGCAGAAUUGGAACAGCUCAAAUCCGCAUACGUCUCAAUAAAGAUGCAAGAAGACAAAUUCAAAAUGGAACUAGCUUUAAAAGAACAAAAACGCAAAGAGCUUUACGCUAAACAGGGCAGAAGACAACAGUUCUCCUCGAAAAAUGAAAGAGACAAAUGGAUCCAAAAAGAAACGGAAGCUCUUGAUAAACAGCUAAAAGAUAAGCAACGUCAUAAGGAACAACUUGAGGCUGAUUUAGAGAAGGACGCUAGCAGAGUUAAUGAGGUAAAGAAGAAGGUUGCGCAAUUGGUACUUGAAAUGGAUAGCCUGAAGGAAGCAGUUGAUAAUCAUAAGGAGCACAUUCACGAGUUGAAGAAAAAUAAAUUGCAGCUACAAGCUACAAGAAGCGAAUUGUGGCGUAAAGAGAACCACGUCCAGCAAAAUCUGAACUCGCUGAAAGAGGACGUCAUCAAAGCAGAUCAAAAGCUAAAAUCAGUGGUGAACAGGGCGGUCAUGAAUGGCAAAGACAGUGUACGCAAAGUGAUCGAGACGUUCGCUUCUCGAGGAGGCGAAGAGGCUGAACUGGUACUUCACUACCAUGGUCUCGUAUUGGACAAUUUUAAGUGCCAGGACACGAUUUAUACGGCUGUUGAAGUCACUGCGGGCAACAAGUUAUUUUAUCAUAUCGUGGAUACAGAAGUUGUAGCUACUAAAAUUUUGAAUGAAAUGAAUAGACAAAAAUUGCCUGGUGAAGUGAACUUCAUGUCAUUGAACAGAUUGACCGCCGAGGUGCGGCAAUAUCCGAAGACUUCGGAUGCACUUCCGAUAAUAACGAAAUUAAUGUACGACCCAAAGUUCGAGAAAGUAAUGCAAUUCAUUUUUGGAAGGACAAUGUUAUGCCGUGAUAUGGAAACAUCUGUAAAAAUAGCUAAAUCCAAAGGCCUUGACUGUGUUACAUUGGAAGGAGAUCGGGCUGAAUCAAAAGGUGUCCUGACAGGAGGAUAUUUCAACCCACAUAGGUCCCGUUUAGCCAUAGUUAAAAAUCACCGAGAAGUGUUAGGACAACAUCGGGAACGUAGAUUUGAACUGGAACAACUGAAAGAAGAGAUUUUGAAGCACCAAGUCUUGCUUGACAACAUUGUCUCUGAGAUCGAGAAAACUGAGAGCAAAAUCACCAAAGCAAAAGCGACCUAUGACGAGAAAAAUGCAGAAAAACAAUUUCUACGCGAAGAACUUUCCAACAUCGAAAAAAAUAUGGGGCAAAAAGAACUGUUAUUGACUCAGUGCAAAUCUGACCUGGAGGUUAUCCAAGUAACCAAGGAGAUGCUAGAGGCAGAAAUGGAACAUGAUAUGUUGUCUCAGUUGUCUGUAGAGGAUCAGCAGGAACUAAAAUCGCUGAACUCUGAUAUUCAGAGAUUACAACAGGAAAUCAAACAAGCCGUCGCAACUCGUCUAAAGCUAGAAGGUGAGAAAAACAAACUCGAGAACCUUCUGACCAACAAUCUCAUGAAAAGAAAGAAUAAAGUAUUAAAUACUUUGGAAGAAAUGUCUCUAGAAGACAAACAUCACCAACUGGCCAAUGCCAAAACGGAUUUGGAGGAAAUCGAUUCGAAGAUCAAUGAGAUCAUUCAGGAACUCGGAACUAUGGAGAAGAAAGUGAAAGAGAUGGAGAAUAGAAUGAAAAAUGUGAGGGAUCAGUUAGAAGGUUUGAAGAAGCAAGAAAGGGAGAUUAAAAACCAGAUCGAAGAAGAUGCGAAACAGCUGGAGAAAUUGGCUAACAAACAGACUCAAUUGGAGCAUAAGAUCAAUGAGUCGAUGGAAAAGAUCAAUGAGUUUGGUACCUUGCCUGUUCAGGAGUUGUUUAAUCGGUAUACAAACAUGGCAACAAAAGCUCUAUUAAAAGAGUUGGCUAAAACCAACAAAAACAUGAAAAAGUUCGGUCAUAUAAACAAAAAGGCUUUUGAUCAGUAUUUGUCUUUAUUAGAGGAUAAAAAGAAGUUGGAGAAAAGGAAAGAAGAUGUUGAUUUAUCGUAAGUAUAAAAAACGGAAGUGAAUUCUCACGUCACAUGAACUCACAAGUUGUCACGAGCUAUCGCGUAAACUCACGUUAUAGUCUAAGCUAAGUAUGUUUUAAGGUGUGAAAAUUAAAGGAUAAACGCCACUAUAUAGAAAGGUUUAACAAACUGCAAGAAUUGCUUGACACACUGGAGAUGAAGAAGAUGGAAGCAAUCCAUUUUACCUUCAAACAAUGUUCCAAAUACUUCAUUGAAGUAUUCCAAAAGCUCGUUCCGAAUGGUAAAGGGUUACUGGUGCUGAAAAAGAUGGAUGAUUCGAAAGGUUCUGAAGAAAAUUUAGUCGAUAAUUUAACAGGUAUCGGAGUCAGAGUGUCGUUUAUGGGUCCGAACGCAGAAAUGAAGGAAUUAAAUCAACUAUCUGGAGGUCAGAAAACGAUGGUUUCCCUGGCGUUGAUCUUUGCCAUUCAAAAGUGCGAUCCUGCGCCUUUUUACCUGUUUGACGAAAUCGAUCAGGCUCUAGAUCCAGAAUACAGACGAGCAACCGCAAAGAUGAUCCAUGAUUUGUCUGAACAAGCACAAUUCAUAACUACUACAUUCAGACCAGAACUUUUAGAACACGCAAAUAAAUUUUAUGGAGUUACCUUCAGAAAUAUGGCGAGUCGCAUAAGAUGUGUUACUAAAGAAGAGGCAAAAGAUUUUGUAGAGGAUGACCAAACUCGUUAAUUUUUAAUUAUCAUAGAAAGUUUUAAAGUUUAUAUAUUCGAAGAAUGAAUAUUUAUUUUCAAAGUACCUCAGUCAGUAUUGAUUGCAUGUUGUUUUUAGAUUGUUAUAUUGCAAUAAAUGUGAUUUGUCUGUAAAACUUAAUAUCAUCAUAGGAUAUUGUUCAUAUAUUAUUUAAUUAGUACCUAAUUUUGCUACUUAACAUUUAAUUCUAAGUUGUGUUCGAAUUAUAUGUGAUUUUUCUCAAGACUAAAUAUUGUCGUAAAAUACUGUCCAUAGGGUUGAGAUCGUUUAUAUUUUAAAUACAUAUAGAAAUAGGUAAAAAAAUCUUUUAAGUUGUCCUGCUAGGUAAUAGCCAAAGUUAAAUAUAUUUUACAAAAG